AUGUUGUGCGACAAUUGCUGGUUCAAGAGAAAAAAGCACGUAAAAUCAGAACCAGGACAUGAGAAGACCAUCCCGAACGACGCCAUCAUUGUGUAUUCCACACUAAAGGUUAAUCUCGAUGAGUGGCCCCUUUUGGAAGAUGCAAUAAGCCGAUACAGGGCCCGGAGAUCGAGCCAGAUUGGCGACAGCAGCGAGUGGUUUGGCGUUAGAAGCAAGAGCAAAGCAGGAGACUACUUGUUGGUCGAGGGCCGUACAUAUGAUCUGAUGAUGGGCUCCUCUAGGACGCUUACCUCUGAUAUUUACCCGGGCUUGGUCUCCUUUGUUGGCGAAACAGGGUCGGGAAAGAGCACGUUGAUCGGCCUGUUGUGCAAGUCUUCCGGCCGUUUUUCUGCGAAUCACUUCAAGACUCCGGUCGUGGGUGACUCAGAAUCCCGCCAGCCAACCACGCCGAACGUCCACCUGUACGCCGAUUCCCGAACUUUUAUGAGUAAAAGUCAUAUUCUGUAUGCCGAAUGCGAAGAAGUGGAUGGAUAUGAGAUCCCUGCCCAGAUGAGCAAGUCCAUGGCUGGUGCUUCAGCUUCCAGCGAUCUUCUACCCCCCUCCUCCCAAAUUCCCGAGCUUGAUUCGCAGGACAUCAUCUGGAGUAAGAUGCCCAGGAACGAUGGUGCCUGGACUAGAAAAGAGAUUGCAAGGAUUCUAUUCUCGAGGGUUCUCUACAUAUUCUCGGAUGUGGUCGUCUUUCCGUUCAUUGGGCCUCCGCUUGGUGACACGAUCUCACAGUUAGUGAAAUGGGGGCACAGCGCUAUAAUGCACUCGUACAACAAGCCAAUUCUUCCAAGUGCUAUUAUUGCCUUCUUCAACCGGGAUAUUCGAGACGACUCUCUCAAAUACGGCCUUACCGCUACCAAAAUAAGUCCAACGGGCAACACAUUGGGUCGGCAGAGGAGCUUCUCAGUUGUUACUAUUCCUCGUCAAGUGUGCUUCAAGUCGCAGAAGCAAAGACAAGCGUCUUGCAUGAAGUGGAAUACCACCACUUUCCCUCUCUUUGUCCGCAAGGCAUUCACACAUUUUGCAUCCAAGUACGAAACUUCAUUCAACUUCUCCAAUGCAUGGGUCGAUAUUCAAAAUUUCUCGGCCGAAUUUAAUUGGUCGCUAUUUAACCUUGCGAGAAUGGCUCGAGGGCGCCUAGAUCUGUCUCACGCUGGUAUAGACCUCUGGGUCGACCUCAGCGGCUUUGUUGCCUCUUGUUUGUUUCUGAAGUGUGCGAGAGCAAAACAGGCCGACUGCAGAGUCGCAGAGAAGAUCUGGAAGCAAAGUGACGAGGCCAUGGAACAUUAUUGGAUGAAAUUCUGGCCUUGUAACCACCGCAUCCAGACACCGGAGGGAUAUCAGCAGUGCGUUAAUGGCCCCUCCGGACACCCACACCACCAAGGAGGUAAGAGUGUCGAGAAAGGCGAUCAUUCAACAAGUCAUUCACUCGAGGAGCUGAAAAAUUACUUCCGCCAUCGCAUUGAAAACGCUUUCAAUGAGCUAAAGGCCAGGCUCAAACACCUCAGUGACGACCACGAGCGGCUUAAAGGGGCAUCCACGAUUCACCUGGGUCAAACAAGGAACUUUUACCAGCUUAUUGGCGGUAUCGAUAAGCUCAUUAGCCACUUACCCUGUCUAGUUUGCCUGGAUGGUGUCCCAGAACACAGCCUAACAUGUGGUCAUGUCAUUUGCAGGGAGUGUGCAAACGCCGCCGGAGACUCGACCAUUGGGGGCUUUGUGACGCUUGAAGGGUGCCCUUUUCAGAAUCAUCGCAAAGAAGACUGGCCAAGGGGACGGAGUGGGAUAUUGACACAUCUUCCCAAGCCGGCCUAA